CACGAAAGGUUUUUGCUCGCCUUUUCAGCCAAAGGGUUGGAGGACGCUGUGACUACGCUUGAACUGUUUGGGUUGUGAUGGCAGAGACCGACAAGGCCACAGCUAGAGAGCUGCAAAGAAUACGGCGUCUGCCAAAGAACCGGGUAUGCCCCAACUGCCUGAAAGAGGAAAGCUUGGGCUUUGGUGCGGUUUGCACAACGUUCAAAACGUUCAUUUGCCACGACUGCAAGUCUGCGCACCAAAGCUUUUCUCACCGUUGCAAAAGCGUUCAGAUGAGUGUUUGGACCAUGGAGGAGGUAAAGUCGCUUGAUGAGAGUAAUGGCGGUGGCAAUGCUGCUGCAGAGCGCCAUUUUCUCUCGCGGCUGACAGAAAAGGAGCGUGUGAAGCAGGCCGGAAGUGAUGCUAUGAGAUGUCAUGAAGCGCAAUCCUGGACAGGAUGGAUAAACAUUUUUCUGCACGGGACUAGACCCUCUGACAGAUUACUUCAACUAGCACAGAUGGUUCUUGUGCGGCCUCAGGGCAGUUCUCCUGAUGCCUACAAGCGUUUCAUAGAGCGGGCCUACAUAAAGCUGCGAUGGGCAGAAGCUGAGGUCACUGAGGGGGACACCCAGGCCGCACUGCCAAAACUGGAAAGUGCCCCUGCGGAAUCCAUGGAGCAGUCAGAUGAAAAGCCACGCAAAUCAAGGAAGAGUCGUCGUCAAAGAGAAGGAAAGCUCAGAUCACCCGAUGGGCCCGAUGGAAAGUCAGUCCCUUUGCAGGAGGCAGACCACUGGCAGCUUCAGCAGCAUAGCCAGUUGGAGCCUGAAAGCGCAAGCUAUGCCAGCUAUGGCUGGCUAUCCUACGAACCUGUGGAGAAUUAUUGGGGAUGGGAUCAACAUGCUGGGCCUUGUGCAUCAUAUCCCAGUAUGAUGGCUCCCUCUGCACAUUGGAAGGAGGAUCCACCAGGAAGUCCUCGCAAAGAGCAGGAGGAGCCACGAGGCCCACCUUCGGUGUCCACUGCAUCUCCUCCGUUCUCAGCUGCGUCGUGGUCUACCGCUUGGUCAACUCCAACGGCAAAGGCUGCGUCUCUUCCUUUGGACCCAACUAAUCCUUGGGCAGAGGAUGUACUUCAGCUUUGCGAGAAGCACGGCCAAAAUGUUGCAGGACGCUUUGACUUGAGUCCAGUUAUGGCUGGCCGAAGCUCUCAGUUGGUGCGAAACUGCGGGGCUGUGCCCAAGUGAUGGUGGAAGCGGCGUUUGAAACUGCAUGAAUUGAAUGCAUCUUUAUGCCGUGAAGCGCCUCCAAUUUGGUGGCUGAAACUGCUGCCACUGACAGAAGCCAAACAGACGCGAUACAUG